GCCUCGGCUCCCGCCGCUCCCCGGCACCGAGAUACCGCCGCCGCCUCGCCCGGCUCCCCGGGGAAAAGGAUGCGCUAGGGCACAGCAGUGUAAGACUGGAAACAUCUGGGCUGAAUGGACUUUAGCAUCAAAAGAAGUUCUCAACUGUUAACUCAAAAAAUUAACUACAUCAAAAUGAAGCAGGUACCAGAGAUCCUUGGAAAUACCAAUGGGAAACCUCAGAAUUGUGAAGUGAAUCGUGAAUGUUCUGUCUACUUGGGCAAAGCACAACUUUCUGCCACUCUACAGGAAGGUGUCAUGCAAAAAUAUAAUGGCCAUGAGACUCUUCCAUUUAUUCCAGCAGAUAAAUUGAAAGAUCUGACCUCUCGGGUGUUUAAUGGCGAGUCCGGGGCCCAAGAUGCCAAGCUGCGCUUUGAACCUCAGGAAAUAAAGGGAGUUGGAACACCCCCCAGCACUACUCCUAUCAAGAAUGGUUCUCCAGAAAUAAAGCUGAAAAUCACUAAAACCUACAUGAAUGGGAAGCCUCUUUUCGAAUCCUCCAUUUGUGGAGACAAUGGUGCAGAUGUGUCUCAGUCGGAGGAAAAUGAACAAAAGCCAGCAAACAAAGAGAGGAGAAGCAGAAAAAGAAGCAUAAAAUAUGACUCCUUACUUGAGCAGGGUCUUGUUGAAACAGCGUUAGUAUCAAAGACUUCAAGCACCACUGAAAAGAAGGCUCCUGCUAAGAGAGAUGCAACUCAAAGUACCAUCAAAGAGGAAAAAAUCCAUCUGUUGAAGUAUAAUGUAGGAGAUCUAGUGUGGUCAAAAGUGUCUGGUUUCCCCUGGUGGCCAUGUAUGGUUUCUGCUGAUCCUGUUCUCCAUGCCUACACUAAACUAAAAGGACAGAAAAAGAGUUUUCGUCAAUAUCAUGUUCAGUUUUUUGGAGAUGCCCCAGAGAGAGCCUGGAUAUUUGAGAAGAGCCUGGUGCCCUUCAAAGAAAAAGAUCAGUUUGAACAAUUAUGCCAAGAGAGCGCAAGACAAGCCCUCACUAAAGCAGAGAAAAUAAAGAUGCUAAAGCCCGUGUCAGGGAAGCUGCGGCCGCAGUGGGAGAUGGGUGUGAAGCAAGCCAGUGAAGCCGUGGCCAUGACAGUGGAGGAGCGCAAGGCCAAGUACACCUUCAUCUAUAUCAGGGACAGACCUCAUCUUAAUCCUCGAGUGGCAAAGGAGGUUGGCAUUGCUGUGGAACCCUUGGAGGAGAUGGAUGAGUCAUCCUACUCAAAUGAAGAAACCACUCCAAAUCUGAAAUCAAUGAAGGAGUCUGGCAUUCCCAGCAAGAGGAGGAGAAGGACAUCAAAACUGUCUGCCACUGAUGAUAUGCAAGAGAGCAGUCAGUUGGAGGAUAAGAAUACUACUCCUCAAAAGUCAUCUGAACAGGCAGAAUCCAAAAGAGGGAUAGGCUCCCCUCUCAAUAGAAAGAAAACUCCAGCAUCUACUCCACGAAGCAGAAAGGGCGAUGCAGUAUCUCAGUUUUUGGUCUUUUGUCAGAAGUACAGAGAUGAGGUGGUUGCUGAACAUCCAGAUGCUUCAAGUGAGGAGAUUGAAGAACUGCUCGAAUCGCAGUGGAACAUGCUUAGUGAAAAACAGAAAGCUCGCUAUAACACAAAGUUUGCCAUAGUGACCUCUCCCAAAUCUGAAGAAGACUCUGGUUCAUCAUUGAAGAAUAUUGGAGAGGCCAAACGUAAAGUGUUUCAAGACUCACCUAAAAGGAGAUCAAGAUCCAGAAGUAAUUUACAUGGAAAUAAAAGAAACCAAAAAAAGAGGACAAAGGAGCCUACAGAAGAUUUUGAAGUUCAGGAAGCACCUAGGAAAAGACUCAGGAUGGAUAAGCAGAAUAAUCGGAAGAAUCACAGAAUCCUUAGGAUUGGAAGGGGCCUCUGGAAAUCAUCCAGUCCAAUCCCCCUGCCAAGACAGGGUCAUCUAGAGCAGGUUACACAGGAAUGUGUCCAGAGGGAGACAAGCAAUGACAAAACAGCAAAAACAAACUCUUCUAAGGUCACAGAAACCUCCUCUUCACAAAAGAACCAGUCAGCAACGAAAAAUCUGUCUGAUGCAUGUAAACCUCUGAAGAAGCGAAAUCGGGCUUCAGCAGCAGAAUCUUCAACUCUUGCUUUUAGCAAGAGUUCAUCUCCUUCAGCUUCCUUAACUGAGAAUGAGGUAAAAAAAAAGUGGUGUUUGCACACAGCCAUUUAAUUACAGAAAUUAUCAGGUGUGAAUCUUGUUUUUAAAGAAAAGCAAAAAUCAAAGGCAAAUUCUCUAACGUUGGUGCUCUAGACAAGUUACAGUUUUGGCCUCUGUGAAACCUGUUAAAGUGUGCAUUGCAAAUCAUUUAUUGUAACACGAACGUCUGAUUUGGGGACUUCGAGAUAUUAUUGUGGUUUUUAAUGUAUUUACCAACAACGUUUUAGAAUUGUAACCUUCUAUUAGAGGCAAAGUAAAAUGCCAGUGUGUUCUGUAUUUUCUUCUACAGAUUUUUAUGUAAGUGUACUACAUUAGUUACAUUAUGUAACUCAAUAUUGUCAUGUUGCCAUAGCUUUUAUAUCGAAGCAAAUUGCCUAAUCCUCUGUUUGAUCUAGAACUGGACAGUCUUCUCAGCAGAGUCCCUUUUAACUCAAAUUAGUUUUCAGGCUGUUUUAGUGCUAUUUCUCUGUGAUGCAAAUAGCUCAAACCCCAAUAGAGUUAAACAGACAGUGAAGGAUGUAUCUUUUUUGAUACUUGCUAAUCAUAGUCUUAGCUCUGCAUAUUUGGAACUGUAAUUCUUCUCAGUUGACAUACAAUAAAUGAAAUGUAUGUAUCAGAAAUGUAUUCAUACAAUCCAUUAAGCCAUUCCCCAAGUCAUCUACACUGUUAAAACCAAUCAGCCAAAGAGUGGCAGCAUGAGGGUGAAGUAUGCAUGCUGUUUUGCAGAUGGGUUUGGAUCUGUAGUUGGUAGGAUUUAGUAAAAUAUCCACAGACAAACAGCUUCACCCAGUUUGUGUUACAAAAACUGUAGAGAAAAUACUUGCCUGCUAACAAGGGAACAGGGCUUCCAGCUCUCCUAGAGACUUUCAUCUCCCCUAACAAAUGCAUGAGGUGCUAUAAUGAAUGCAGUUUAAAUAUCUAGGCAAUGUUCAGUAAACAGUUUACCUUUGGGUAGGGAAAAAAGAUUGCAUGUUAAUGGCUGUAUAUCUUAACUGUAACUGGAAAAACAUUUUAAUUAAAAAAAAACCUCAAUAAAUGCUCCCUCCUGUACCCCAGUUAAACAAGUAAAGCAGGUCCCACAGGAAAUAAUGUCCAUAGCAGCAGCCAAGUAAAGUAAUACUUUGUUUUCUGUAUUGAGAAACUCCCAUCUUUUAGCAUACCAGCUUCUUCUGGAUAUGCUUUGCUGAUGGGGCAUGCUGUGUAAUGGUCUAUUUGGGACCCGGUAUUCAACCAACUAGUUUAAGGAAAAAUCUGGAGGGUUUUGACUCAAAAUAAGCAUCUCUAAAUAUCGUGCACUCAGGAGAAAGAUUCUUCUCUUGAGAUUAUGAUUAUAAAAUUAAUUAUCCAGAAGUCUUUCUUAACAAAAGACACUUUUUUGUAGGAUUUUGGGUUGUAACAUAAAAUGCUUCACAUUUAAGAAAGGAUAUGGUUAUAUCUUACAUAUGGUUGAGAUGGAAAUUCUAAAACUUAGCACUAAUUUACUCAGCUACUGCUAAACAGUAAAUGAUCUGAGAAAAAUUAACUUCAUAUACUGCUCACAGAACACAGAUACAGAAACUAGAAAGUGAAUUAAUUGUUUUCAAUGGGUUAAGAUAUAGAAAAAAAGUCCCAAACGUCAUAACAGAAAACACACCUUGUUAAAUAAUUUUGGGAGACUGGGUGCAGGGGAAAGUAGAUUAAUGGACUGAAUCCUUGUAUUGGUUAAAGCUAUGUUGACCUGAACUUGGGCCAACUAAGGAUUAUGCCCAGUUUGUUUCCUAUAUUAGAUAUACUUUUGCCUUUAAAUAAAACAAAAAUAUCAGGCAUGUGUUUCAGAAAUUAAUACUGACCUCCUCUGCAAAACAAGGAAAGACAGAAAUUCUAUAUUGUGUGGGUGGCUCUUAAAAACUUUUUCGCCUUUUGUAUUUUUUAUUAGCACUUGUCUAAACAGCUGAAUAUGUGUGUGUCCUGAGGGCAUUCAUCUGGAGAGAAACUUUCCAGUAUUAAGGGAAAGUUUUUUAAAAAUAAACACUGUCAGGUAAUGAUGAAAGCCUUGCACAGCUAAUUGAGUAGGAUGUAAUUCUUCUCAACUUGAAAUACAUUUAUUGAUUAACUUUCACAUUCCUGUGUUCACUAUAAUACUUCUAAGUGUUGGUUUAGGUGCUCUCUUAACAAAUAUAGGAAAAACUCUCUGUAUUCUACAAGCACAUACAUCUUCACAAGGUGUAUAUAUGAGGAUUCUGUUCUUUUUUUUCUCCCUCUCCUUUUUCUUUCUCCCAUACUCUUUGUGAACAGUUUGUUCCAGAAUAGAACCUGGAUGUGACUGUUACUUGUCAAGAACUGUUGUUAGUUACACACCCCUUUAAUGUCUGUCCUUUAAAACCAGGUUCUAGGAAAGAUGUGCUCAGUUCUUUCUUGUUUGAAAGAUGCAUCUUAUUUGACGUUUUAAAAAAUAUUUUGAAUGCUUUUUGUUGUUAUUAGGGGAUAGUUAUUAAAUGGGGUUUAUUCAAAAUACUAUAAAAUCGAGCAAGGCCAAGUUUUCAAUAGAUAAAUUACUUUGGGAGGGAGAUGAGAGUGGGAGUGUGGACUUGUUCAAACAGAUUUAUAGAUGUGACAUAUUAGAGGUUAAAGGUUCACUCCCUUCAAAAAAUUGGGCUUUGAAGUUGUUUUAAGAUGGGUGUACAGAAGCAGUAAAGUGUUUAUACAGGAAUAAAUGAAUUUCAUACCUGCAUUUAAUUUUGAAACAAAAUAAUUUUACUUCUAGGCACUUGACACAAGCCGCUUAUGUGAAAUGAUUUUGCUGAAAUAUAAUUAUUAUUGAGCAAUGGGUAGGGCCAGAUGAGAAAAAGAUAUUCAACACUUUGGAGUCUGCAAAAGCUCGGAGUAGUUUUUUGCUGGCUAUGUAAGACUUGGUGUAAGCAUCCAAAAGCACAUAUUUGUGAGAAGAGAUGCAGGUAUUUUAAUUUCUUUUUUUACCUUGGCCCUCCACCCCGCAGUAAAGUAGUAGGUGCCAGUAAGAGUGUAAUCAGUAUUUUUUUAAUAAAUAAAAAAGACUUUACCAUUACUGCUGGAUUAUUGGCACACUUGGUGUGUUUGCAUGAAGCAUAUCUGCUUUAGCUUUUCAAUCAAUUUUUGUGAUUAUUGUCUGGCUUCAUUAAACUGGAUGAAUUUGCUGACAGCAGAUAAGUGUCAAAGUAUCAUGCAGAUCAUAGGUACUACUUACAAACUUUAUCAAAGAAACUGUAAUCUUUUCCUAAGAGAGGACAAAAUAAAGCAUAUGUAAUAAUCUCUAAGUUAGCCAGUCUGUCAUUCAUCACAGCCUCAAGUCUGAGCUGACCAGCAGAUGGCACCUUAAAGAAGCCUGGGAAAGAUUUGAAGAGGUGCUUUUAUUUUAAUUUCAUAACAUCUUCCUUAGAGGAAUUCUUUCUUCCUUCUGUAACACACCCAGUGUCAAAACAAGCUCAGUUCCUCGUUAUAGCUACAAAUUCUUGUGUUUCCAAGGCCUAACAAUGCAAAUUAUAAUAAUUCAAGCCUUAAUGCACUUUUUCUGCAUAUUAAACCAUGGGUUUUUCUCAUUACUGAUUUGAGACAGAUUUCAUUUAUCUGCAUUUUUAAUGGGCAUUAGCAUGUAUACACAGAGGAGAAAACACAUACAGCUCUUAAAAGGUAAGGUGUUUGCUUGAGGAGACAGUCAUGAAACAUGCACAGCUUGCAACUCAAAAAGUACAUUAGCUCCAUUUAUCAACCCUGGAGUCUAGUAUGAGUCUAGUCCUGGAGUAUGCAACUAAAAACUCUUACUGAAGGUGAAAAUAACUGACUUUUUGAUCCUAAGAACAGGAAGGAAGAAGGGAAUUCAUGUUAUUUUAAACAAACUACUGACCUAAAGAAAAAGCGGUUGCAGUUGACCUUGCAGGUUGUUAAACAAAAUCACUGUGCUUCUAGCAUUUUAUUCAAACUUCCUGCAAAUAUAAUUCUGUCUUCUAAACAUUGCUUAAGAAUAAGUUGGUAUAUAGUGUAGCCUUACAUCCUGUGACUUAGCAGACAGUUGUUUCCUGUGUUUGUUUCUGUAUGCCUGUGAAUUUUUUUUACCAUUUGAAAGCACCAAUAAGCAGUCAAGGGUACAUUUUUAUGGAACACUGCAAGUAGUUGGACUUGUUCCUUGCUUGGACCUCUGCUAAAGCCUGUAACAUUUUACAUGACCUUCAUCACCCACCAGACCAUACAGUUUUGUUACAGUGGUUCUAUUUUCACGUGGAAAAAAGUUCUAAGCUUCACUUUUGUUCUUUGACGGCACAUUCUGUGUAGAAAACUAAGUUUCUUAUGUACUUAUUCUCCUCUUGUAUGUUACUUAGGCUUCAGAGUGCAGAGAAUCUGUUAACUGAAUGUUACAUGAUGUAGGUUUUUAUUCCGCAUCCCCUACCAAAGUAUCAUGAGUAUCUGUAGGCAAUUUUAUACUGUUUUAAAAUGUUCUCAUAGUUUGAAUUAACUUUCCAGGCAAAUUCAGAAAUGCAUAAUAUCCUUAUCUGAAACGUCUAACUCCUGCUAAUAAUAAAAAUGAAACUUGUCCCAGGCUGUCUUUUUUUUUUUUGCUAUUAUAGUACUGUGUACACUUGUGGCACCGCAUACUUAAAGGAUUUAUCUAGUCUAGCAGUAUGGGC